UCUCAUGCUUCACCAUUCUGUAUGCCGGCUUUAGCGCUUGGGCAUAAUACGUCUCGAAGCCUGUGCAGCCGCGUGGUUUAGAACCGGACCGCGCCAACGUCGCUCAGCAUCAGAAGCCGGGGGGCAUCCGAAACCAGAGGGGCCGCCGCAUGGAGAGUUGCGCAAGCGUACGAAAUAGUUCGAAGGAGACCUCGGCGCUGGAGGUCAUAUCCAGCGCGCUCAAGGAGGCGAACCUGGAGGAAAAGGACGUGCUGGGGGGAAAUCCUGCUGUUUUGUCGGUGUUGAAUCAGCACAGAGAUCAAAUCGAUAUAUUGUAUGAUGACAGUAGGGUUCAUUUGCUGUCGGUGUACCUGGAUCAGUGCGAGGAGCUGUCGCAGCUUGGAUUUCAGAGGAAGGUGUACAGUGUGGAUUGCAGCAAGACGGUGGCGUACACGAUAUCGCUGAUUUGUUCAAAGCUGCUGAGUCGGCGGGAUCUGAACUAUCGAAAGUACGCGUUGUAUACGGAAAGCGGAAAUUGCUUGAACGAGUCGAACACGCUGAAGGAUUACGGCUUGGGCUCGAUCAUGAGGAGGUGGGACGUGUACAUGGUGCGCAAGACGCCGGAGCAGCUGGCGAGACAGGCGGGAAUCAAGCUCAUGGAUGACAACUUCUAUUUGGUGACGUUCUUGCUGCCGUCCACGCCGGAGUUUCAGGGUGCGACGGGUAUUACGAAGAAGGUGAAUCCGAAGACGCCGUGCGGCACCUUCAUCAAGCUGAUUUGCACUCGGUACAAAAUCGCGAACACGAGCAACUGGUACCUUUGCGCGAGGACUGGGAUGUUGCUGUCGCUGAACAAGUCUCUGGAGUACUAUGGGUUGGGCAGGAAUUUGGUGACGAUGACGCUGAAGGUGAUUCCGAAGUCCGAGGCGCAGUCCAAGGGCAAGGACGACGCGCCGAACUACUUUGGCGGAAUGAGCAUGCAAUACGCGUGGACGCAGAUCGACGAGCAGCUGACGCUCAAGGAGGCGUUGGCGCUGAUCAGGGAGAUCGACAAGCGCUUUGAGAAGUUCAAGGUGAACCACCACAACGAGGUGACGAAGUUCCAGAAGGAGAAGAUGGUCUUGCUCUAUUGUCUGGCCGAGAGGAACGAGAACUACGAGAACCUGUCGCGCAACUUCGAGGACUCGGUCAAGAAGCUGGCGUCCAUGAGGAAGCUGUUGGAGAACUCGCGAAGCCGCUGCGACAGCUUGGCCGAGGAGAGGGGCGGGCUGCAGGAGGAGGUGAAGUCGCUCUCGGUCGAGUUGGAGCACGCGCAGAAGAGGAUAAUGGACGGGGUACGCGCGUACGAGGAGUUGGAGAGGAAGUACGCGAGCGAGCAGGUGGCGUUCAAAAACACAGAGUCCGCCCUGAACGGCAGAGUGCGCACGUUGGAGACCAAUUUGAGUGAGGAGGAGAGGAGGGUCGAGAAGCUGUUGUCGAAGCUGGGGAAUACCAAGCGCCAACUGAGCGACGUGGAGAGCCACUUGAGCGACGUGGAGAGCCGACUGAGCAAAGAAACGAGCAGAGUGGAGGAGCUGACCGCUCAGGACGCGUCGAAUCAGUCGAUAAUUUCCAGCCAGAAGGCGGCCAUCGAGGCGCUGGAGUCCUGGAAGUCAACGGCGGAGGAGAACAUAAGCAAGCUGAACGAGACGCUGAUCGAGAGGUACUCCGAAGUGAACGAGCUGACCAGGAACAUAGCGGUUUUGUCGUGCAGCAAGGAGCAGCUAGAGACCAAGGUGCAGGAGAUGCAGGACGAAGUGGAGAAGCUGAAUCGGCAACUGGAGGGGCUGAACGCGCAGAAGGAGGAAGUGGAGCACAACUACGCGUCUUACAAAGUGGACAUGGCCACCGAAGUGGAGGCGUUGGAGAGGAAGAUCCGGGACGCGAAAGCACAGCUGGAGUCGAGCGAAGCUCAGAGAAGCGAGGAGCAAGCGCAGUACGAGCGCCAAUUGACCGAGAUGAGAAAGAACUUCGACUCGACGAUAUCCUUCCAAGGCGAGCUGAAGAGCGCCAACUUAGCGUUGAAGGACGCCCUGUUGAGACGCGAGAAGGAGCUGGAAGAAUCGACGAACGCGAACCAGUUGUUGAAUCAGAACCUGUCCGAGACGAAGAAAGAGCUGCAAGACGCCAAUCGCGACCUGGCCUCGCUGCGAAAAGAGCUGAAGAUUCUGCACGUACAAAUUGCGAAUUCGGAGGAGGCUCUGAAGCGAGAGCAAACCGCGUCCAAGGAGACCAGAGCGCAGGUGGAGAGCCUCUCGCAACAGCUCAACGACGAAAGGAAGAACGCCGUCAGCAUGGGCGAGGUGGUCAAAGACUUGGACAGCACCGUGACCAGACUGAAGCAAGAACUGUCUGCAAACAAAGAAAGCUUGGAAAACCAGAGGUGUCAAUACGAGCGCUCUCUGGCAGAAGCUCAAGCCCUGCACGAACGCGCCCUCGCCAACCUAGAGGGCUCGAAGAAGCAGCAAUACGCGGACCUGAAGUCCGAGAUUUCCAAACUCGCGGCCGAAAAGCAAGACUUGUCUCGCAAACUCGCCGAAACUUCCGCGUCCCUUAACGACCAGAAAAAACAAAUCUCCGAGCUGAAACACUCCCAGCAGUCCAGCACCAGCCAACUCGGCGCGCUCGAGCGGAAGCUGUCCAACUCGACUCGAGAGCUCGAAUCUACCCUCCUCCAAGUAACCAAACUCAGAUCCGACCUCAACGACAAAGAGAAGACGAUUCGGCAGCUCAGCGCUCGGGUCGACGCACUCUCUAAAGUUAAACUGCGACUCAAAGAAAAAGAGAAAACAAUACAACGUCUCAACGAAAAGAUCGAACAACUUUCAAAACAACUUCUCGCACCUCCUCCCGUCGACAAGGCUCUUUCUCCCCGCCCCGAGGCCCCCCCGUCCGACGCCGGGACCCCUCCCGGUCCACCCGUCCCGAACUACGAUGCCAUUCCCGCCCCCCCGACCCCCCUCCCCGUCACCAGCUUCUCGUCCGAGAGGUCCGUCAUGAACAGGACCUUCGAGAAGGACAUCCAAACAAUGAGGGAGACGCUCUCUCGCAUCGACGUCUCCAAACUCGACAAGAAGAAGAACUUCGGCGGCGACUACAUCGCCACCAUCUUGAUGUCUGGGCUCGAAAAGAGAUUCAAAUUGGCUCGAGAAGGGUCGGACGACAACGGCUCGGAUGUGGAGUACGAAGUACUGGAGUCCGACAACCUUCCCGUAGACAUCGGUGACGAAGAGGACAACUGGAGAGACUGAAACCUGUCUCUUUUUUAACGAAAGAAAAACCUGUCAAAAGAAGAAAAGAGAGGUACACGCCUCGAGUCGGCGGAAUUGAGAGCCCCCAACCGAACGCCUGCCUCUCUCAGGCGCGUGCGCGCGCAGUUCUCGGUCUCAUCUCUCCGCUCUCUAGAAAUGCGGACGCGCAGGCCUUCCGGGUCGAGGACGCGUGCACCCCCUUCCUCCCGAAAACACUCGACCUGUCACUUGUUUGCAAACUCGUACGCGUAACACGAGAACGAAACGCCCCACAUACUUUCGUCGAUUUGCGCCGUUGUAAAUGAUGACUUAUUGAGGCUAUAUAUAUAAUAUAGUAACAAAAGUGUACGAGAUUGUCAACGUUCAGAAUUUAGUUUUUUGUGCAGGGUAGGGUGUGGCCGCGGAGUCGGGUUGUCUUCGCCCUCUGGUGGCAAGGGCUACACUUGCGUCGCCGUUCGUAUCACAUCCGGUGCGAAGAGAGUGGUCUUGAGCAGGAGCGAAACUUCCUCCGCGCUCGCGCUGCUCCUGUUGCUCCCUGGUGACUCCGAGGGCGCGAAGAAGCGCCGUUGCUCGACGGCGCCUCUUGACGAGCGGCAGCGAGCGCCGAGUCGCGAGAGCCACUUGUCGACGGUGUGGGGAUGAACGUGCAAUAACAAUGGGCUUUCUUUCUUCGAUUUCGACGGUGGUGCCCGGCGUUGGCCACGCUCUUUUCGCAAGCAAUAUUCCAGACGUUUUCGUUACGAGCAGCUUUCAGCGGAAUACUUCGACGAAAUGCGCACAAGUUGAGAGGCAGAUGCGAACUACACAACCCGCGCGAUGCCGGUGUUCUCAACACGCCCCUCUUCGUGGAAAUGAAGUGGGAUUCAUUCUUUACCAGUAGUCCAGUGUGUCUCUUUGGUAUUUGAGAGACGGAGUGUCUAGAGACUGUCCUUGAGAGCGCAGUUUUUUGAUAGAUCUUGAGAGUUUCCUAGAUGAGAUGUUCAGAACUUUCGCUGCCUCGUCUAUGUCGCCGCUGGUCGCACGAAGAACCUUUUCGAUGUGUUCCGAUAUGAUGUCGUCUAGGGUCAUGCCACCCUUGUGAUUCUCUAGAUCGGCGCCAGUCUUAGAGAGGAGCUCGCUGUUGCUCUUUGCCUCUUGGAGUUGUUUCUUCAGAUAGGCAUUUUCCAGUGCGAGGAAGUCCCUGGUUCGGAUAGCCUGUUCAAGUAGGGAGUUGCGUUGCUGCACCCAGUACGGCUUGAUAAAUCCCGGGUUACAGAGGUUGAUAGAGUGCCAGGCAGUGUAGGCAGAAGCGUGAGUUGGAAAGGUGAUAAAGAAGACGCCAGCAGCAUUCCCUUCUCCAUCCAGAGGAACAAAUAUAUCCAGAGCAGACGUGCUUGGAGCGCUCGCCUCUCUAUGGAUGGUAAAAUCGACUUGAGGAGAUGACUCCAACGGGUCCUCCUCUUUCAGCGCGGGAACCAAAUUAAGCUUGUCCAAAAGAAUUUCAAUUUCUGACUUCGAAAUUGGGGGCGUAGCACGAAUCAUCAGAGUCCGCUUCUGCUCGACGUCAAGUAUCGGACAGCGUUUCCCCUUGACGUACACACCGAAACAUCUGAUGUGGUCACUAAGGAUGAGGUCCCGCUGCAUUUUGGAGCUUAAAUUCACGAAAGCAUUCAUUCGACGUGUCGGACCAGCGCGAUCGUAAAAAACCUCGAUGCCGGUUAUCUCGACUUGGUUGGGAGAGCACGCUUCAUUAAACCCCCUUACAAUGUCUGAAUGAAGUGCCGUCUCGUCAAUGCUAACAAUAGCGACUUUCCAAGGAUGGGAUAUUUGCAAGGGUGGAAUAUUGAAGUUUGUAGCAAGCGCCGUGUUUUCGACAUCCGCGCCACCUGCCAAAGCCGAUUCGAAAAGCCAACUCGUGUCAUCCUUGCGGAGCUUAUCCCAGUCGAUUAAACUUUGAGAUUCAUACCCCUCUGGUUCAGCUCGAUGCCUAAGAAGACAACCCCAAUCGCCAAGUGGUUUUCUCCCUGAAAAAGAAUCAAGAUGACCCUGGUGCUUCUCGAGUAAAGAAAGAGAGAAGCCCUUGUCCAAAAAACUAUCAGGGCCAGUUUGCUCUUCAUUUCCCAGUGUUUUUUCCAGGUUCUCGUAUUGCUUCAAAGACUGGUUGAAUAGUUCAUACAAGGAUUUCGUAUAGUUUAAACGGAACUGAUCAAUUUGGUCAAUU